AUGAUGAGCAUUCAUUGGCUAUGGGCAUCCUUAGCCUUGGCCGCACUUUGCUAUUUUCUUCAAGAUUUAUUCUUGAUGAAGAAGAGAAGAGGGUUGCCUCCAGGUCCAAAAGGGCUCCCGGUUAUAGGAAGUCUGCAUCUACUAGGGAAGAACCCUCAUCAAGAUUUGGCGAAAUUGGCCAAAAAACAUGGCCCUAUAAUGUACAUGCGUUUUGGUUAUGUCCCAGCGAUCAUUGUCUCAUCUCCUGAAGCAGCUGAAAAGUUUCUCAAGACUUACGAUCAAGUUUUUGCCGGUAGACCUUAUCAUGAAGCAUCUUGGUACAUCGCGUAUGAGCAGAGAAACUUGACUUUCGGUCAAUAUGGUCCCUAUUGGCGAAGCAUGCGUAAGCUUUGCAUUUUACAGUUGCUCAGCAGCCACAAGAUCAAUUCAUUCAGGCCAAUGAGAGGAGAAGAGGUGGGAAAAUUGGUCAAAUCACUAAAACAUGCUGCUUCAGAUGGUGCUGCUGUGGAUCUUAGUGCCUUGAUUUCAUCCUUAGGCGCGAAUAUGAGUUGCUUGAUGAUAUUUGGACAGAAGUACAUGGAUAAGGAUUUUGAUGAUAGGGGUUUUGGAGAGGUCAUUCAGGAAGCAUUGCAUGUUGGAUCGACGCCUAAUAUCGGUGAUUACUUUCCCCUGCUUGGUGUGCUUGAUCUUCAGGGACUUACUCGUCGAUUUAAGGCUCUGGCUAAGGUGUUCCAUGAUUUUUUUGAUAAAAUCAUUGACGAACAUCUUGAAUGCAAGGAGCAGAGACAAACCAAGGACUUUGUGGACAUCAUGAUGGAAAUUAUUCAGUCCGGAACGUCUGAGUUCGAAUUUGACCGUCGUCAUGUCAAAGCUGUUUUGUUCGAUAUGCUUGUAGCCUCGAUGGGCACUUCAGUGACAGCAGUUGAAUGGGCCAUUUUAGAACUCCUUAGACAUCCAGCGGCCAUGAGGAAACUCCAGAAAGAACUGGAAGAGAAAGUCGGAUUGGAGAGGAUUGUUGAGGAAUCGGAUCUUGAGGGCCUGGAGUAUUUGGACAUGGUUGUCAAAGAAUCAAUGAGGCUUCAUCCUGUCGGACCACUAAUGCUCCCCCAUGAGUCAAUUCAAGAUUGCACAGUUGACGACUUCCAUAUUCAGAAAAAAUCGCGGAUCAUCAUAAACAUAUACGCAAUUGGCCGUGAUCCAAAUGUCUGGCCUGAUCCGGAGGCCUUCAUUCCUGAAAGAUUCAAGGAUAGAGAUAUAGACCUUCGAGGACAAGAUUUCCGACUUAUACCAUUUGGCUCAGGCAGAAGAAUUUGCCCAGGUUUGCAGUUGGGGCUCACUGUUGUGCGUUUUGUGCUAGCACAGUUGGUGCAUUGUUUCGAUUGGGAACUUGCAGACAACAUUCAGCCAACUGAUUUGGAUAUGUCUGAGGCUUUUGGUUUAGUAAAUUCAAGGGCUGAGCAUUUAAAAGUGGUGCCCAUUUACCGAUUGCACAAAUGAAUAAAGAUUGUGGACUCCAUCUCGUUCUGAAGAAGCAGCUGCUUCCUUGAGCAUUAGACAGUAGAGAAGUUUCGGAAUUCUUGUAUAUCUUGAUGUUGCAUAAGUCAAUUGUUACAUUUUCCUUGCUACUUUCAUAGUGAAAACAUUGUUAAGUGGAUUUGUUUUUA